AUGGCCCAAGUCGUAGCGCACAGUAGCCAGGCCCGGCCCGCCUCGUAUGCGCAACAGCAGAAUGCGCCCCACGGCAAGAAGAGGCCCGCCGACGGCUCGCUGGAGAACGAGCAGCGGCUGAGCAAGCGCUUUGAUCUGUUGAAUCUGGUCGACCACAAUGGCACGCGCCUCUACAUACCCGUCCCAGGCUCCUCGCAAGGCGCAAACACCACACCCGCCCACGCGUCGCCCAGCCAGCAUCCCGUCCCCGUCGCCGACGCCCUCGCCUUCGCCUCGACCCGGCCCCGCCGCGACCGCAAGCCAUCGCGCGCCCAGGACGCCAUGGACGUCGAAGACACCCCCCACCGCGUCUACAUCUCGGACCUCAGCGCCGAGCUCAGCGACAUCGAGUCGGAUGAGGAAAACCCCAUUUUCCUCUCCGACAUUGAAAAGCACCUCUCCAAGAUCCCUGCCCACGUCCUGCGCGGCCCAGACCCAACGCCUACCCGCGACAACCAGAUGGUGCUGUACAAUGUCCCCACCAGCCUGACGGUCCCUGAGGCCCAGGAUAACGUGCGCAAGGCCAUUGUCGAGACGCGCCAGCGCAUUCGCGACAGACAGGUUAAUCCCCUUACCGAGCCUCCCAGUGUUUUUGCAAGAGGCGCUGCGUCCCCGUCGACGGGAGCAUCCACGAGUAUGAUGAUGGAUAAGAGUAAUGAUAUACCCCCUGCCGACGAAGUCACCGGAGAUGCCAUGGACAUUGACUGA